AUGAAAGCAUCAAUGAACUCUAUGUUUAACCGUGGUACAGGAGAUAGAAGUGUUGGCAAUCGCCAUUACAGGAAUCUGGCCUGCAAUGAGAAUAAUAUAAUUGAAACUUUGCCCCACAUCCGAGUAUCCUGCCCCAAGACUGAACUUCUUCGUAACAACGCUCAUAACAAAGUCCGCACCACCCUGGCCGAUCUAUUUAGAGCGAAAAACUUUGAGGUACACGAAGAAGUGCACUGUGUAGCACACAAAGAAGGAGCAACUCAAAACAAAAGGGUAGAUAUUAUAGUGGGGACCGAAGGAACGGACGAGGCCUCAUCUUGGACUCCGCGAACUGUGUAA